GAUAAAAAUAUUUUAAAGUGUGAUGAUGGAUAUGUCGUAACGCCCUGCAAAGGCGAAACCUUAGAAGUAGAAGAUACAGAAUGUAACAAAUCGAACUGCGCUUGCUUGGAAUGCUGCGUAAAAGGGCCAUUAAUUCUAACCGACAACACCAGUAAUUCUCUGGAUAGCAACGGGACAAAUAUACUGGAAAAUCCAUCAGAUGAUCAAACUACUGCAGCUCCAACUAAAUCAACCGAGGCGAUUUCAACUGCUGGGGAGGGGGCACAACCAAAGAUUGAAAAGGCACCGGAGCCUUCAACCAAUGCGACCGAUAGAAUCCCCAAUAAUAUGACGACUCCUGAAACCCCAAGUACUCCUGAGUCCAAAGAGAACACAACUAUUUCUUCAACCCAUGGUAGCCGCGAUCUGUCUUCAUCUAAAAUAAAUACCUCCGAUGAAAAGGCACAACCAAAGAUUGAAAAGGCACCGGAGCCUUCAACUAAUGCGACCGAUAGAACCCCCAAUAAUAUAACGACUCCUGAAACCCCAAGUACUCCUGAGUCUAAAGAGAACACAACUAUUUCUUCAACCAAUGCUAGCAGCGAUCAGUCUUUAUCUAAAAUAAAUACCUCCGAUGAAAAGGCACAACCAAAGAUUGAAAAGGCACCGGAGCCUUCAACCAAUGCGACCGAUAGAACCCCCAAUAAUAUAACGACUCCUGAAACCCCAAGUACUCCUGAGUCUAAAGAGAACACAACUAUUUCUUCAACCAAUGCUAGCAGCGAUCAGUCUUUAUCUAAAAUAAAUACCUCCGAUGAAAAGGCACAACCAAAGAUUGAAAAGGCACCGGAGCCUUCAACCAAUGCGACCGAUAGAACCCCCAAUAAUAUAACGACUCCUGAAACCCCAAGUACUCCUGAGUCUAAAGAGAACACAACUAUUUCUUCAACCAAUGCUAGCAGCGAUCAGUCUUUAUCUAAAAUAAAUACCUCCAAUGAAAAGGCACAACCAAAGAUUGAAAAGGCACCGGAGCCUUCAACCAAUGCGACCGAUAGAAUCACCAAUAAUAUAACGACUCCUGAAACCCCAAGUACUCCUGAGUCUAAAGAGAACACAACUAUUUCUUCAACCAAUGCUAGCAGCAAUCAGUCUUUAUCUAAAAUAAAUACCUCCGAUGAAAAGGCACAACCAAAGAUUGAAAAGGCACCGGAGCCUUCAACCAAUGCGACCGAUAGAAUCACCAAUAAUAUAACGACUCCUGAAACCCCAAGUACUCCUGAGUCUAAAGAGAACACAACUAUUUCUUCAACCAAUGCUAGCAGCGAUCAGUCUUUAUCUAAAAUAAAUACCUCCGAUGAAAAGGCACAACCAAAGAUUGAAAAGGCUCCGGAGCCUUCAACCAAUGCGACCGAUAGAAUCACCAAUAAUAUAACGACUCCUGAAACCCCAAGUACUCCUAAGUCUAAAGAGAAUACAACAAUUUCUUCAACCAAUGCUAGCAGCGAUCAGUCUUCAUCUAAAAUAAAUACCUCCGAUGAAAAGGCACAACCAAAGAUUGAAAAGGCACCGGAGCCUUCAACCAAUGCGACCGAUAGAACCCCCAAUAAUAAAACGACUUCUGAAGCCCCAAGUAUUCCUAAAUCUAAAGAGAACAUAACUAGUUCUUCAACCAAUGGGAACAGCGAUCAGUCUUUAUCUGAAUUAAAUUCUUCCGAUGAAAAUGCAGAACCAAAAAUUGAAAAGACAGAAAACACCAUCAGGACUACACCAAAAGUCGAGAAAAGAACCACUCCCCCAACUACAAUUCAUAAUCAGUCUGCAACAAACGCAAAUUUGCAGAAGACUUCAGAAAAUGUUACCAAAGCCGCUUUUCCAUCUGAAAAUCACCGAGAAAACUAUCGAAUAUUCAAAAAGAUUGGCACAACUAUACCAAGAGUCGUGGAAAGAACAAUGACUUCAGCUUAUAAUCAGACUGGAAAGAGCGCAGAUGUGCAGAAAACUUCACCAAAUAUUACCAAUGUCUAUUCUUCAUCUGAAAAACAACGAGAAAACAAUCCUUUAGUUGGAAAAAUUAUACCAAGAGUCGAGGAAAGAACCACGACUUCAACUCCAACUUAUAACCAGACUGAAAAGAGCGCAGAUGUUCAGAAAACCGAAACCACUACACGCCCACUAUUAACUGCGAAGAUGCAAAAUGGAUCAAAUAGUUUAAAUAAAUGCGGGAAAUAUAACCUGGCCUUGCUCAUUUGCACUAUUCUUACCCUUCUGUAUAAGUGA